UCAUGUGUGCAAAAUCAAGCGCCGAUUGGAUGGCGGCAAAGAAGAAAGCAAACUUUUGGGAGUUUUAUAGCUGGGAGAGCUUUGGGCUAUACAAGAGAGAAGGAAUUGUCGCAGAGACGCGACGAAUGACAGAAAGAAAAAGAAGCGAGGACGAGUUAAACUGAGAGGGCCUGGCAUUUGGAAGUUGUAUGGCCCCUUUACCCUCCACAAUGAGCUCUGUUCAAGGACCGCUUUCCCAAGAAGGUGAAACACAGAAGCGCGCAAACACAGACGCAGAAGAGGCUGAGAGCACCGAGAGAACGGCAGCCAAAGGAUGUAAAAAUAAGGCGUUCAGUCUUCCCUUUAGCGUGGAGUCUCUAAUAUCGGACAGAGUAACCUCUAGGACUUCAUUUUCCGCUUCCGACUCGGGGCUUAUAUCCCCUUCUGAGGAGCGAUCACAACUCUCACCAAUGGCUCUUUACACAGACAGGAAACUGCCGCUGGAGAGCGUCUCAAACUUGGCUGUGGGGAAAAGAGGAGACUCGGAGGAGCGGAAUGAGAAGGGACAGGGCGGAUGGUUUCAGAGCCCGUCAUACGCCUCCCCGCCAAGACACUCGAGUCCGUCUCCGUGCGCGCUCCGAAAACACAAGAACAACAGAAAACCGAGGACGCCGUUCACCACCUCACAGCUGCUAGCUUUAGAAAGAAAGUUUCGCCAGAAGCAGUACCUCUCCAUUGCAGAAAGAGCGGAGUUUUCCAAUUCACUCAAUCUAACAGAGACACAAGUGAAGAUAUGGUUCCAAAACAGGAGAGCGAAAGCAAAGAGACUUCAAGAAGCAGAGUUAGAGAAACUGAAACUCGCCUCAAAACCCCUGUUACCGGCGUUCGCCUUUCCCUUCCCACUUGGAGCGCACGUGGGUUCUCCCGGUCUGUACGCAGCCUCAAGCUCUUUUCCGCGGCCUUCACUGCCCGUGCCGGGACUUUUUGGAGGACCCGUUACCUAUGGGAUGUAUUAUUUGUCUUAAAUGUUUUCAGUGUAAUUAACUACAAGACUGCUGUUUUUGCCAGUCAUAAGCGGACAAGUAAAAUGUCCAGCUAUGAACUUUAAAGUAAAACUGGCGCGAGCCUAUACACACAUUUAAGUAUGAGAGCGACAAUUAAGAAAUAUAAAAAUAUCUAUAUAUAUUUAGCGUUCAGUGGUGCCCUCAGAAUAAAUAACAUGUCGCGUAUAGGCCAUCCUAUUUAGCCCAAAAAACAUCAAACAGCGAUAUAUCUUUAAUUCGGCAGCAACCUCAUUUUAAUUAAAGUCGUCUUUGGAGAAAUCAGUGCUUCAAAUGAAGACUGUUAUGAAAACAUUUUAUUUUCGAACAAUAUAUAAAAUGUUGUCAUAAAGGCCAGAAACAUCUGUCCCAGCCUAUUUGCUUUCUCCCCGUGUAGGCCUACACCCAACUUGAAAUUAUUUUUAUAUAAAGUGAAAAUAUCACGAAGAUUGCAUUUACAAAAAAAUUGCAGAGGUAUUUGUAAUUUUCUUUGUGUACUGUUUUGGAGUGUUUUAGUAGCUGCAGUCGCGCUCCAUAUUCGCUUUUCUCAGAGGCAAUUGAAUAGUGAAGGCUAUAACGUUUCAUGGGUUUACAUUUGCCCUCAACGAUGACUUUCAUUGGUUUUUCGUUUAGCCACAAUACCCUUGUGCUACAUGUACUAUUAUAUAGUUUGAUAGAUUGUAAAUUAACCUUUAGACCUUUUUUUUAUAACUGUAAAUAAGCGUAUAUAUUAGCAUACAGAUAUUUUCAACUACAUUUGAAAUUACGAAUAGAAUUGAUAUUUAUAUACUGUGUUUACAUUUACCUCCUGUAAAUUAUUGUAUAUAUUUGUACAUAAAAAUAGAAAAAAAUAAUCUUUUGUAUUAAACAAAAAUACAUUUUGAACAAGUUGAGUGUGCCUUAUUGUACUGGAGAUUAAGCUGCAGACCCGACUUGCAAGAUUUUAUUACCAAAAUAAAAUCGGAAUUGAUGUCAUUCACUUGCACAUUCACACGCAUAUACGUCUAAAAUCGUUUUGCUGUUUAGGACAAUAUUUAACCCACUCCAUAAUAAAGAUACAGGUGGGGUUUUUUUUGCAAAUGUAAUUAUACGGGAAAAUUUUCGAU